AUGAAGGAAAGGAGGGACGGCUGGAGGGGGGACAGGCCGACGACGGGGCGGGGGCUGGUCCAUGAUGCUGCUCGCUCCCAUUUCGUCGGCCACUUGCCACCGCUCGCCACUGUCGAACCGAUGCGUCGCCCCGCUGCUCGCAACAGUCUCCCCGCAGCUCGCUACCGUCGCCUCGCUGCUAGCUACCGUCGCCUCGCUGCUAGCUACCGUCGCCUCGCUGCUAGCUACCGUCGCCUCGCUGCUAGCUACCGUCGCCUCGCUGCUAGCUACCGUCGCCUCGCUGCUAGCUACCGUCGCCUCGCUGCUAGCUACCGUCGCCUCGCUGCUAGCAGCCGUCGCCUCGCUGCUACCUUCGCGCCUUCGCUACCGCAGAUACCGCGUUGCGCGCACAUUCAACCUCCGCCGUCGCCGGGUCCUUUUUUUCUGGAAAAAUCGGCGAGCUCCUUCGUAUUCGACGGUUCUCCUGGAAUCGGCCAGCGGGAAUCGCUAUUGUGCAGUUACGACCUUGACGCUAGGAGGAGUCGCCGUAACGGCCCGUGUGCUGCUGGGGACAGCGACAAUAGUAGCGACGCCGUUGCGAAUUGGCGAAGGCGUUACGGUCACGAUGCGAAACGGAGUUACAGUAGUAGUAGCGACGUCGCGAAGAGGAGUCGCGACACGGAAGCGGCAACAGACGAACAAAGACGGACGUCGGCAGGGGUUGCAGAUUCUCCGGAAACCGACGCGUCGCCCGCGACUACCAGGCGAUGCGGAGAUAUCAACCCUGGCGACAACCCUGUGAAGUGGAGACUCUGCGACGUUCCUGCUGUGCGACGGACGUCGUACGGGCGAGUGGACGACGAAUUCCUGCGUCGCUUGCGAUCCAUCGUGGGCGACUCAAACGUGACGACGAACCGAACGGUGUUGGAGCAGCACGGCAGGGACGAGUCAUAUCACGAGGCAGUGCCACCAGACGCGGUCGCAUUCCCCCACUCCACUCACCAAGUGCAACAGCUGGUAACCGCGUGCGCUGCCGCCCGCGUGCCCGUCAUUCCCUAUGGCGCCGGCACCUCUCUGGAAGGCCAUGUAGCGGCGCUCUGUGGGGGCGUCUCCAUUGACCUGUCGCAGAUGAACGAGGUGGUGGAGGUGCAUGCAGAGGACAUGGACUGCAGGGUGCAGGCAGGGGUGACACGUCAGCAGCUCAACCACCAUCUGCAUGACUCGGGCCUCUUCUUCCCCGUUGACCCAGGCUCGGAAUGCACCAUAGGGGGGAUGACAGCAACAAGAGCCUCAGGCACCAAUGCUGUUCGGUACGGCACGAUGCGAGAGGCGGUGCUGGGAGUCACUGCAGUGCUGCCCAACGGGCAGAUUAUAAAAACGGGUAGCCGGGCACGAAAGUCCUCCUCAGGGUAUGACUUGACUCGCCUGAUCGUGGGCAGUGAGGGCACACUGGCUGUUGUCACAGAGGUGGCUCUGAGGCUGUACCCCCAACCCGAGGCUGUCUCUGCUGCUGUCUGUCCGUUCAACUCCAUUGCUGGUGCUGUGGACACGGUGAUAGAGACGAUUCAAACCGCCAUCCCUGUCGCGCGCAUAGAGCUCCUAGACGAGGUUCAGGUAGAAGCAGUGAAUCGCUAUUCCAAUACGCACCUGCAACCCUGCCCGACACUCUUCUUUGAGUUUCACGGCACUGCUGCUGCUGUGGAGGAGCAAGCAAAGCAGGUGUCAGAGAUUGCGUCUGGCAAUGGCGGGGGCUCGUUUGAGUGGUCGGCGGCUCCUGAGGAGCGAUCCAAGCUCUGGGCUGCCCGCCACUCCGCCUAUUACGCUGCCUUGGCCCUCAGACCCAACAGCAAAGGUCUCCUAGCGGACGUGUGUGUACCUAUAUCGCGAAUCACAGAGCUGGUACUCCUAGCGAAGCAGCAGAUAGCGCAGGCUCAGCUGGUGGCGCCAAUUGUGGGCCACGUGGGGGAUGGCAACUUUCACGUGCUCUUCAUUGUGGAUCCGGACAAUCAGGAUGAGCUGGCAGCGGUCAAGCGAGUCAACGACAGUCUUGUGGCGCGUGCCAUUGCUGUGGGCGGCACAUGCAGUGGGGAGCAUGGCGUGGGCUAUGGCAAGUUGCCAUUCUUGGAGUUGGAGCAUGGCAGCGCAGCACUGGAUGCCAUGGCAGCACUCAAGGCCGCAUGGGACCCGCUCAAUCUAUUCAACCCGGGCAAGCUAGGCCAGUUCCGCCUGCCCUGA